AUGGUUCUUUUCAUCAUUCUAGUGAUAGCUAUUGCUAUUGUAGCCUAUUAUUACUACCCACCAAAUCCACAGAUACAAGCUCCAGUUGGGACAUCUCAGAUAGUUCCAGAAGUUGAACCUGUGGAUCCGUCUUUCAAAUGGCAUGAAGCAGAACCAUAUAAAUUACGCCCAUUUGUGGGAAAGAAAAAUUUUCGUCCGUCCAUGUCUGUGCAUAACAUCUCUAAUAAGCGGGAGAAUCUCUUCCUCAUUGAGAAGACGUACUUGGAAAUCACAAACCACAGACGCCAGGUUGCGAAUGAUUAUUCUGACAAGAUUAUUCACUGCAACCCAAACACCAGAUCCGUGGAGGCAGUACGAGAGUUUUAUGACAUGACCAUUAAAUUUCUCUGCGAAAGAUAUCCUCAGUAUUUCAAGAUCGACGAGGAGAAAAAUAGUGUAUUCAACCUUAUCAACAAUGAUACUCUUCCUCUCACAUCUGUUCAGGAGGAUCCAAGAACACUCAUUACGAUUUUAACGGGAAACAUCGAGGAAGAUUUCCUAAUUUUGCUCAAGGAUGACCCUAAGGACCACAGUCAAGAGUAUAUUCUUAGAGCAAGCUUGACUGGUACUCCUGCGGGAUUUGAUCCCUCAGUCAAUUUUGAUAAACCAGUUUCGUUCAUUCACGUCCCAGUUCCUCAGUAUCAAGAGCGGUUGGAAUCACCAAUGGCUCGUUUCUUUAAUAGAUUGGAGCCUAAGGACUUGUGGCAGAGAGGAAACUGGUCAGUUCAAACCAAUAAUGUUUUAUUCAAAUUAGACAGCCAUCACGGGAGGGAAGGCGACGAAACCAAAGAAUUGAGUAUGGACGAGAUUGACUUCGAUAAUGCUUGCUUUAUGCGAUGUGAGAGACAAGUAUUCACCAGAUUGCCAAAAUCAAGAGCGGUAAUUAUGCUAGUGAGAACCUACUUGACACCUAUCAAACAAAUUCGUGAAGAGGGCUUAGGAGAAAUCAUGGCAAAUGCAAUCGAGUCAUUGCCUGCGGACUUGGCAUUUUACAAGAGAAGACAAGCCUGGGGAAACGCAGUUAAGCAGUAUUUGAGAAUGCCAUAG